AACAGUAGAUAUAUUAGUUUUAGGAAUAGUCUCAUUGUUCUGUUUCAGUAAAUCACACCUGUUCAACAAGGAAAAGCCCUUCCCUGAAAUGGGCGUGUUCAGCACAGCAGAGUGGGUGGGGGCUGAGAUGAAGUCAACCUUUUAAGAUGAGUGAGCGCUUUAGUUCAGCUGCAGAAUGAACCAGGAAGGUUUAGUGUUAAGUCCUCAGUGGGCCAAAUAUAGCCUCAGUGAAUCUAGCUCGGGGGGUUGUUAGCUGAUCCUACAGCCCGACCACAGCACAUGGAGAGCCUCGCUCAGCCUCUCAGAGAGCCGGUGGCUGACUCACAGCUCGCCCGCAAGAAGUGACCUGACUCAGUCGCUCCACCUGCUGUACAAUGUGGAGCAUUCGAAGAAGUUGUUAGAGGUUGUAAUGAGUUGAUUUGCCGGCGCAGGCCAGCGGGACGACCGAGUCCCGUUCUCCAGCUGAGUCAGCCUGAAGCAGCAUCCUUGUUAGAUGUGUACAGCCAUGAAGUUCAAACAGCGCACACUGCAGGACGUCCCUGACAAGGAGAACAAAGUGUGGAAAUGGCACAUCCAGGACCCCGCCAGCCAGAGACUGACAUGGAACAAGCCACCAAAAAGUGUCCUUGUCAUCAAGAAGAUACGAGAUGCCAGUCUGCUUGAGCCUUUCAAGGAGCUAUGCAUAUUCCUCACUGAGGUAAAAAACAUGAUAGUUUAUGUAGAAAACAAAGUUCUGGAGGACACAGCCAUAUCAGGCGAUGAAAACUUUGGGACCAUUACCAAGAAAUUCUGCACUUUCAGAGAAGAUCUCGAUGACAUCUCCAAUCGCGUAGACUUCAUCAUUUGUCUUGGUGGAGACGGGACUUUGCUGUAUGCAUCUUCGCUCUUCCAGGAGAGCGUUCCACCGGUUAUGGCCUUCCACCUGGGCUCCCUGGGCUUCUUGACGCCUUUUAAAUUUGACACCUACCAGUCUCAGGUCACCCAAAUUAUUGAAGGUAAUGCUGCCAUCGUCCUGCGAAGUCGCUUGAAAGUCCGGGUGCUAAAAGAGAACAGGGAGAAGAAGGCCAGAGUGGACGAAAAGGGCAUCAUCCUGACUAAUGGGGACAUCGAAAGUAGCCGGAAAGCCACGCAGUAUCAGGUACUGAACGAGGUGGUGGUGGACAGAGGACCCUCGUCCUAUAUCUCCAAUGUUGACCUCUUCCUGGAUGGACACCUCAUUACCACAGUGCAGGGAGAUGGCGUGAUAGUAUCUACACCUACAGGAAGCACAGCGUAUGCAGUGGCAGCAGGAGCGUCCAUGAUCCAUCCCAACGUCCCAGCCAUCAUGAUCACCCCCAUCUGCCCACACUCGCUCUCCUUCAGACCCAUCGUGGUGCCUGCCGGGGUGGAGCUCAAGAUAAUGCUGUCGCGUGAUGCCAGAAACACAGCCUGGGUGUCAUUUGAUGGAAGAAAGAGACAAGAGAUCUGCCACGGAGACAGUAUCACCAUCACCACUUCCUGCUUCCCCGUUCCCUCCAUCUGUUUCCGUGACCCGGUCAACGACUGGUUUGAGAGCCUGGCUCAGUGUUUACACUGGAACGUGAGGAAGAAGCAGAACUACCUCAGCUCAGAAGACGAGGAGUUCUGAGGCCAUUUCCGUGAUCUUCAAGGUCUUCUCGAAGGUCUCUAGGACUCCUAAGUCUUGGGUUUAACUUAACGGCUCUGUGCCGUUUAGUUUUGAAUGGGAGGUCCCACCAAACUCCAUUCAGAAAAGUGUGUCAUAAUGUUGUCUUUCAUGUGUAUUAAAAUUAUUCCAUAGAAUCCUGUGGUAAAUUAACAAAUUUUAGACCAAACAACACUCUUGCUUUGGUCCUCCAUGUUUUAUUCUGGUUUAAUAAUGUAAUAAAUGUGAGGGAAUAAGAGGCAAAUUAUGAAACCCCAAAGUGUUAAGUGUAAUCAUAAAGGCAAUUAGUAAAAUAUAUAAACAAAUACUUUAUAAAAUAAAUCCAUAAAUGAUUGAAACUCAAAUAAUAAUUAUUUUUAGUAUUAUUAGUAAUAUAAUCUUUCUUGUUUUUAUAAUAGGGAGCCCCUAAGGGGACAUGGGCAAAACAAAACCCCAAAACCUUGUUUCUCAUGCCCACCAGAAGGUAUGUGGGGUGCACAAGAGUAUCCCAUGGGAUACCUUCUGGUGAGCACAAGAUACUUGUAUCUUGGAUCUUCACGAGAUUCUAUCUGGUGCACACAAGAUACUUUUUGGCCUAUGUCCCUUAGGGGCUCUAUAUUGUAGUAAACAUAGGCAGUUGUGGAGUCUGCUGAGAGGCUGGAGGCAUGGAAUUGGCUGAAAGGUGAGGAGGCGGAGACUGGUGACAGCUCCACUCCUGAAAAGUGAAGUGUCAUUAAGAAAAAUGCAAAUAUGAAAUGGAAAAAGGGCGUUUUUAAAUAAAUCUGCCUGUAAUGAAACUUUGGGGCUCCAUAGAAAGCAAAUCUGAUUGUUGAGCCUAAUCAAACUCACACAUGCUACUCCGAGAACAGAAACACACAAAUAACCUACCUAGGUUUGUAUGUUAGAAGUAUGCAGCAUUAAUGACGACUCUGUACAAUUCCCCAAAAUAUAUUUUGUCAUGUUCUACAGUGGAAGCAUGUUAAAAUUGUAGAUUUUUAAAUGGAGUUUGGCCCCACUAUUAGUCCAGAAUUUUGGCUGUGCUUUCUUUCUGUAUGCUGUGAAAUCUGGCCUUUUGAAGUCAAAAUACAGUUUGUUGAUUAUGAUUUCACUAGUUCUUAAAAGGAAAUGCACAAUUUAGGAUGACCUUAGACUAAAACACGCUGUCAGUUGUGGAUGGCAGUUGCAGUGCAAUACUCUUGAUGGGUGUUAUCAGGUCUGUUCUAGCACUUUUUAAUCCCUAAGACAGAUGGCAGAGACACAUCUGCUACUUUAUAAACAUCAAGUUCUCAUCAAGUUAGGUGAAGGCUGAGUUAAAUUUCUCUGGAAAAUUCUAAAAAGAAAAACUUUCAUCAGUGAGUGAAACAUGCUUUAUACUAUCUAUUUUUAGGUGCACCCUCGAGAAGUGCAGAUUUACAGUACAUAUAUUUGGCAACAGUGGCCCAACUGUACAGACUGUGCCUUAAACACUGGUAUCAUUAAUGUAAAGAAAUAGUAUUUUUAAAGGUUUACAUCAUGGAUCUUUUUAAUCACACACUUGCACAGAUCUGUGAUUUGUGCAUUUUCAAUGUACCCGCACGUUGACAGUUGUCUUUGCUGUCUGCAGCGCGUGACACAUGAUUGACUAAUUUAACGUAGUAUGUCCUAUAAAGUCUCUGUUCUGUAGUCGGUGUGUUGGAUGAUAUGUCAAGAAUAUGAGGAGGUGAAAUUCAUUCCAGGCAAAGAGACGACAGUUCGGCAUCUUUUUAACAUCUGUUUUUUAUAAUGUCCUCUAAGCUAAGCCAUAGCUGAACUCUGUGUAGGUUUUAAAGACCAAUGUCUGUGGCCUGUGUGAUUCAAUGGUCUGUGUGAGUAUGUUGAAGAAUUUAAUUAUUUGAUGAUGAUUUUGGUGCAUACUUUAACAGUUUGCUACAAGUCUGUAACUGUGCUGUCUUGGCUGAGUACUUUAAGGUGGCCUACCUUACAUGUCAUGUCUACAUGUUAAUGUAUACAUUGUGAAUUUGCUCAACAAACUGUGUCUGGGUGAAAGGAAGAAACAGUGGUGUCACAUGUUGUAACUCUCAAAUGGGCCAACUGAGCUCUGUAAGGCAAUCAUUCCUUAAACAGAGUAUGUGUAAAUAUAUAUAUAUGUGAUGCUUGAAUAGGAUGUAUUUUGUAAAGUCUAUUUGUCUAUUAACCGGUUUACAAUGUAUCAUUGCUGAAAAUAAAUCUAUUUGGUACUUUUUUACAUUAAUAAGUUUUUCAGUUGUUAAUUAUUUAUAAAAUCUAAAAUUAAAGUCUGUUUUAAACAGUUUUAGUCACAAGUACUUGUAGUAUAGUGGAAGUACUUGUACGUUCAAACAGAGCCAAAACAUAUUCAAAUGCAUUCCAGGACAACUUGAGUAGUCUAAAUUUCAGGUGAAGUAAUUUAAUCCGUGUGUUACUGUCAACUGAUAGUUUGUUUUAAAUGUUGGUCCCACUCCCAGUAAACCCCAGUUCUACAAAAAGCCUGGGCUUUGACUUCUAUCUUCUAUGAACAAUUGUCAACUCUUGUCUUAAAAUAGAUUUUCUCUUUUGUAACUCAGAGCCUCUAACUCUGACUUUUGUAUCGGUAAGUUUGUUAAUGUUUCAAAUACCAAUCCUGCUAUUUUGUUUUCCAGAGAACUUUAAUAAACAGUGAGAAAGUUUAACCAGGA